AAAAGUCCCGUCGGUAUGGCGCUACUGUCGCAAAAUAAAAUUACUUGAGUUUUAAUAUAUUUUCUAUCUUACCUCUUUUUACAGAAACAAUAUCAGAUUAAGAUACAUAUUUAAUUGAUUUCCUACUUUAAUAGUCUGCUCCUACUUCCAAUGUUGAUUUUUACCUUUUAGUAGGUACACUACUCGCCGCGGGACUUCUUAGAUGAAACAGUCUAGUGUUUAAAUUCUCUUUGCUCGUUAGAGUAAAUAUCAGAGGAUGUAAAUACAGCGUAAUAUUAAAUAUGUUCCUCGGUGUUUCUUUCUUUACUGUUUUGUAGAAUUACUAUUUACUGUGGUAGUGUAUGUUGUUCAGUAAACUUUUAACCUUUGUACAUAUAGUAUAAACCAAGAACUUUUUAAAUUAAAACAAGAUGACCUCAAACUUGGUGGAACUACGUCCGAAUCGGAGACUUUUAGACCAUGGAUUCGAAGGAUAUAAAUUGAACUUAAACAGUCUUCCACAACACCGUUUUAAUCUACAAUCUGACGUGGAUAGAUUAUAUCCAGAUGAUAUUCAGUACUCCUUCAUUCACGCAAAAUUAUUUGCACUGCAGAAUCACUUAGUUCCCGACUUGUGGGAUCAUGCGUUUAAUUUCUAUUAUAUUGAUAAAAACCAACAAGUACGGAAUAUAACAUUUGAAAAUAUAAAUAAUACAAUCCAACAGGCAAUUGUGUAUGAUGUUCCUGCUUCUGAGGAAAGGAAAUCUGGUAAUUUUAAUUUAUGUCUGCAAUUUCCUUCAAGUCACUUGGCGGUCAUCAGUGAUGGUAGAGGUUACUUACAUAUUGUAGACACUGGUACAAGGAAUAAACCAGCAACAGAAAAAUCACAGUGGCAGACAAUACAUUCUACAUUAGCUUUGGAAGGAAAAUAUUUUGUAAUAGUAGAUACAAGAGUUCAAGACACAGAUUGUAAGGAGGUACUUCAUUGUCUUCUUCAAUCUGUUGAACAGAAUGAAAAACAUUUCAAUUCAGUUUUAACUUGGAUUACAUUGGAGAAUGAAGGGCAGGGUUGGAAACAAGUCGCUACAAGACAAAUUCAAGGAAAAGGCAUUGUUCACUAUGCUGCUUUUGAAGUUGGUUGUACUGCAAUUUACAUUGCUUCUGAUAACUUAUUUAAAUUCACAUCAGAUUCAGAGAGAGAUAUUAUAAUGCCAAGUAAAGAACAACCCAGACAGAUUAUAUAUACAUGGCUGCAGACAGCUGAGGAUAUUACCAUAACUUUACAGCUUGAAAACAAAUUUAAUAAAAACCUCUUACAUGUCAAUGUAACUCCAUUAACAAUCAAAGUUAGCUAUGCUGGAAAAGAUUUUGUAAAUGGCAAGUUGAGUCAUAAAGUUGACAGUGAACUAACAACAUGGAAUGUUCAGGAUAAUGGACAAGUUGAUGUUUUAAUAACAAAAGCUGAAAGUAUGCUUUGGGAUGGUUUAAUAGAAGGAGGAGACUCUAAUGGAGAACAGAUAAUGGAUGCCACUUUAGUAGAAGAUACUCACAGACGACUUGCACAUUUAUGUUCAGAAACAGAAGUGACUGACAAGUCCGUUAUUGCACUUUCAACUCAAGAGUUGGAAGAAUGUGAUGCAGCUUCAGAGGAAGAUACUGUUUUGGUUCGCUUGGAUGCUACUCAUCAUAUGGUAACACACAGAGUACCACUUAGUGUGCAUCAAUAUUUAUUCACUCAACAGCUGGAAAUACAGCAAGCACCAGCAUUGUGCCUAAGACAUGAUGUAGACGCUUGCAUCUGGCAGCCUUAUCCACAACUUGUCAACUCUGACAGCUGGCCAAUUAAACAUCACGGUACUUUAAUGGCAUUUGGUUAUGUACAAUCAUCAAAACAAAAUCGUAAAUUCAUUACAUGUCCAGCAAACUUUAGCUAUGCUGUAGUGAGUGAAGCCACAAGGCAUAUUUUCAUAUAUAAAAAUACAGCAAACACUGAUUGUCAAUUAAGAAAACGUACAGAAGGUACCAUGAAAAGUGUUAAAGUAGGACAGCAGAAUGUUAUUAAUGUUGAGAAGAAUGGCGAAGUGUUAGGUAUUAAUGCGACAAAUGAAUAUUUAUUUGUAUUGACACAGAGUGUUUUUCUUGCAAUUGAAGUACAGUAAAUAAAAGUACAUGUCACAAA